AUGCACCUUCAAUUCGUCCUUGCUGCCGUCCUCGUGGCUGGUGCUGGAGCCGCAGAGAGCGUGCAAGACGUCAAAUGCAUCCGCUGCCAGGCGAGGGGAGGCGUCAAUACCGAGGCCAUACUCGAGGAUCUGAAGCGCGGGAUGAAGGACGACGACAAAUUCGGCAACUACGAACCCAUGUUCUGCGACAAGGAGGCCAAGGGGAAAGGGGUCGUAGAAUGUGCCUUUAUGUCGGAUUUGAAGAUGAUGAAGCAGGGCUUCAUCACAGGCAAGGAGGUCAAAGAGCUGGCGGACUUGUUUCUGACCAAGAACAAGGAGAAGAAGUGUCACAACAGGUGCAUGAAGAUUGACUGGCACAAGAAUGGGCAGAAAGUGGGAGUAUUCAGUCUCGACUCCGGCAACACCGACUGUCUUGGCAAGUGCUACUAG